AUGGGUGUUCCUUCUCAGAGUAGUAAUGGGGAAAAAAUGGAGGGUUUUCUCUAUCUUCUUCGCCAUAACAGGUUUGGUCAACAUAGCUCGCGUAAGAGGUACUUCAUCAUCAAAGACAAUGUCCUUAGAAGCUUCAAAACCAAACCUGUUUCUCAAAUGGAGGAGCCAAUUAGAAGUGCAAUAAUAGAUUCCUCCAUCCGUGUUACUGACAAUGGAAGGGAAAAUAUUAACAAAAAGGUGUUAUUCACUUUCACUGCAUAUCAUACUUCAAAUCAAAGGGAUAAGCUUAAGUUGGGAGCAACUAGUCCAGAAGAAGCUGCAAAAUGGAUAAAAUCAUUGCAAGAAGCUGCAUUGAAGGAUUGCCCAAGUCCAACAAGGAAAUAUGUGACUUCCCACCGGAGAAGAAGACGUUCAUCUUUGAGAAAUGGAGGCACAAAAUCAAUAGAUUGGAAACACUCUGAAUUGGAUUUAAAUGGAUACAUAUACUCAGAAGCAAUGACAUCUGAUGUUAUUGCACCUUCAACAUGGAAGAUAUUUGGUUGCCAAAAUGGACUAAGGAUGUUCAAAGAAGCAAAAGAAUGGGAUGCUCUUGGAAGGUGGGGUGAUAGUCAAGCAAUAAUGGCAGUUGGUGUGGUUGAUGGAACUUCAGAGGACAUUUUUAACACCCUUAUGUGUCUUGAUCCUUCAAGAUCAGAAUGGGACUUUUGUGUUAAUAGAGGAAGUGUGGUUGAACACUUUGAUGGUCACACAGAUCUUAUUCACCUUGAACUUUACAAUGAUUGGCUGCCAUGGGGAAUGAAAAAAAGAGAUUUUCUGUUACAAAGAUAUUGGAGAAGAGAGGAUGAUGGCACAUAUGUGAUACUAUAUCAGUCUGUGUAUCAUAAGAAGUGUCCACCACAGAGAGGCUAUGUCCGAGCUUGCCUUAAAAGUGGAGGAUAUGUAGUUACUCCUGUUAACAAUGGAACACAAUCAGUUGUGAAACACAUGCUUGCUGUUGAUUGGAAGUAUUGGAAACUGUAUUUGCGCCCUGCGAAUGCAAGGGCCAUAACUGUUCGCAUGCUUGAGAGAGUUGCUGCACUAAGAGAACUGUUUAAAACAAAAGGAGGAAGUUUCCACACUGAAUCAAUUGCAGGAACAAAAGAUAUUGUUGGGUUGCCACCACUUGAUGAGGACCAAAAGGAUGAAGUUGAAGAAAAGAACAGCAGCAAGAAUAUUGAGGAAGGUUCUGUUGUGGAAGAUGAGGUUCAGAAAGUUGCUGCUUCUAGUCAAACAGGCUUAAUGGGAUUCAAUGAUUCUAAAGAUGAGUUCUUUGAUGUUCCAGACUAUACAUCAGAUUAUUAUGACACACCAAAUGAUUGGAACUCUGAACUGGAGUCAGAAAAAAUGCCUUUGACUCACACCAAAGCAAGCCCUUCUUCAUUGGUCAAAAAAUUACAAGACCUUGCAAUUCCAAAGAAGGGGUUGGAGUUUGAUGUAGACAAGGAGGGAAGUGGAAGAUGCUAUUAUGGAACCACACUCCAAAAAGAUCCAAAGUGUGCAUUACCAUGCUCCUGGGCUGCUUCUGAUCCAUCUUUGUUCUUGAUUCGAGGCGAAACUUACUUAACAGAUAAUCAAAAGGUCAAGGCAAAAAGAACCUUAAUGGAACUGGUUGGUGCAGAUUGGCUUCGAUCCAAUCAGCGCGAAGAUAAUCUAAGUAGUCGUCUAGACUCCAUAGUUCAGGAAUAUGCAGCAAAAGGUGGUCCAGAAUUCUUUUUUGUGAUUAACAUUCAGAUGCCAGGAAACCCCAUGUACUCCAUGGCACUGUAUUACAUGAUGAAAACUCCCUUGGAAGACUAUCCCUUACUGCAGAGCUUUGUUGAUGGAGAUGAUACUUACAGGAACUCAAGAUUUAAGCUCAUACCAUAUAUUUCUAAGGGAUCAUGGAUUGUAAAACAAAGUGUUGGAAGGAAAGCAUGUUUGGUAGGCCAAGCUCUAGAAAUCCGUUACAUUCGAGGGAAGAACUACCUUGAGCUUGAUAUUGAUGUUGGAUCUUCAACGGUUGCAAGGGGGGUUGCUAGCCUAGUUCUUGGAUACCUUAACAACUUGGUCAUAGAAAUGGCAUUUUUGAUACAGGGCAACACACAAGAUGAGCUCCCAGAAAUCCUGCUUGGAACAUGCAGAGUCAAUCAUAUGGAUGCAUCAAAAGCAUUUGUAUUGAUAUAA